GUUUGCAACAAGCAGCCAUGGAUGCCGGCACCUGGCCAUCGCCAACUGGCACAUUGCAGAAAAGACUUGCGCCAAAAUGGUGUAGCCCAAGUCCACCUGCGGCCAAAAAGUUCAAGCACAAGUUCCUGAACAAUCAUGCUUUAGCUCCUGUGGCAGCGCCAAUCAGUUGGAUACUUCUGGGCUGGCGUUGGGCGCAGAAACGCCCGUGGCCACUGCGUGCAAGUGGUUCCGGCCAAGGAUGGGGAUCUAGAUCCAGCAUGCCACCCACGGAUGCGCUUCCGUCUGGCUGGAAAGAUUUGGGAAGUUCCGAAGUGGUUUUUCCCAGAAGCAGGCCAAAGAGGUUCAUCCAUUUUCUUGGCGGUGCCUUUGUGGGCGUAUCACCUAGGUUGUUUUACGAAGGCUUCCUGCAAAACCUUACCGAAAAGUGUGAGGCUAUCGUGAUCGCAACGCCCUACCAACUGGCUUUUGAUUAUGAUGCCAUGGCAGAAGCCGCGGCCGCGAGAUUUGAACGAACGGCGAGUCAACUCACGGCGGAGUACCCGGCUUGCACAGACCUUCCAGUUGUGGCAGUCGGACACUCGUGUGGCGCAUUGCUUCAUGCAUUGCUGGCCUGUGCUGGAGCGGAUUACCAGGCGUGUGUGUUGAUGUCCUUCAACAACAAGCCAAUUAGUGAUGCUAUUCCGGUUCCUUUGCCAGAUGCUCCGCGCAAUCUGCAGUUGAGAGAAUUUGCGCGCAGCAACAUCGAGGCCAUUCUUGCUGAUGAAAAUAUUGAGGAAACCUUGAAGGCGGCAAAAGCAAUGUUGCAGAAUGUUGGUGUUGACACUUCAGGCUCCAACCCAGAACUUGCCCAAAAAGCAGCCCCGGUUGUGUCACAGUUCGGCCCCCUUCUUGGAAGCGUCGUCGAUGGCAAAAAAGAGUUCUCAAUUUCGCGCGAGGAGAUCUUUGAUCGUUUAUCUUUAGCAUUUCCAGUACAGACGUUGGUGGUGCAAUUUGCCAAUGACUUUACUGACGACAGCAACGACUUGACAAAUUGCAUCCAACUGGGCGGACAAGAGGUUCAACUCUUGAGAUUUCCUGGUGGUCACACGUCACCCCUGGAUCCUCCUGUCG